AUGGUAAAAGAAAUAGUUAUAACAGCCAAUGGCUCAUAUGAUGUGCUCAAGGUACGUGAGCGUCCAGACCCUGCUCUAGAGCCAAAUACUGUCAAGAUCGCUGUCAAGGCAUGUGGUCUAAACUUCUCUGAAUUGAUGGCAAGACAGGGACUAUACCCAGGUGCACCUCCAUUACCUUGUGUAGUGGGAUAUGAGGUGGCUGGUGUGGUCACAGAGGUGAAUGCAGAUGAGACUGAGUUCAAGGUUGGACAGCGUGUGGCCGCAAUGACAAAGUUUGGCGGUCAUGCUUCGGUUGUGGUGGCCAACAGAGAGAUGGUGUUCCUCAUCCCAGACUUUUUGUCAUUUGCCGAGGCCGCCUCAAUCCCUGUCAACUACCUCACUGCCUAUCACAUGCUGUUCCACGUGGCCCGCGUGCGUCCUGGUGAUCAAGUGCUGGUGCACAUGGCCGCCGGUGGAGUUGGUGUUGCCGCCAUCCAGUUGCUCAAGACUGUCGAGAAUGUCACAGUGUUUGGUACUGCAUCAGCCAGCAAGCAUGAUUUUAUUCGCAACCUUGGAUGCACUCAUCCCAUCGACUACAACACCAAGGACUACAAGACAGAGAUCACCGAAAUACUCAAAGACAAGCCACAAGGAAAGCGUGGCCUUGACAUCAUCCUUGAUCCACUUGGUGAUUUCAAGACAAGCUAUGACAUGUUGAAUCCAUGUGGACAUCUGGUUAUCUUUGGCGCUGCCAACAUGGUGAAUGGAUCAACAAGGAGCAUAUUCAAUAUACUCAAGCAAUACUGGAAGAUACCAUCAUUCAGCUCAAUGUCAUUGAUGGAUCAGAACAAGACUGUGUCUGGUGUGCACUUGGGUCAUAUGUUCAUGCCAGUGCUCGUCCAGAUGUUGCGACAGGAGAUGUUGGACAUCAUCGAGCUGUACAAUCAAGGCAAGCUCAAGUCGAUCGUCAGCAAGGAGUUUACCUUUGAGCAGGCUGGCGAGGCUCACAAGUACAUGGAGCAGCGCAAGAACAUUGGCAAGGUGAUCCUCGUGCCAACAGAGGAGGACCUUACAAAGGAAGCUCCAGCUCAAUAG